AUGGGAAAAGCAAAAAGAAAUGGACUGAUCAACGAGAUGAGCGAGGACAGGAAAGUAAAAUCAAAGUUCUGGGCCUAUUUAUUAUGGCUAUUUGGCGGGUUCUUUGGAGCGCAUCACGUGUACCUCGGUAGAGACGACCAGGCGUUCAUAUACAUCAGCACAUUCGGUGGCUACAUUGGUUUCGGUUGGCUCAGAGAUAUUUACAGAAUACCUGCGUACGUGGCCGAUGCGAAUGACGACCCGAAGUUUAUCGAAGACUUUAAGCGAAAAGUCAGAACUAAUCGGAAGCCGCCGUUUUCCGCGGUGCGAUUUGCAGCGGAAACUGCCGUCGCUUACUUGUGGGCCGAAUUGUUCAAUAGCGCAAUUCCGCAGGAGGAAAUAUAUGGCAUUAAUUUCAGGCAUCUGUUGACAUUAAUACCAGCCGUGAUCGCGCUAGGUGUAUGGACGGUCGGAAACAUUGGCAGAGAACAAGGUUCGAUAUGGAUAACACUUGCUACUGCUUAUUUAUUCUACCCGACCUUGUACUAUAUCGGCGACGAUACCAUGUGGAUCUUUCUUAUGGUGAUCGCUUCGAGCCUGAGCUUCGAUACUUUCAGCAAACAAUGGCGACUGAAACCGAAAAAGAGACGGAGUUUUCUCUGGCGAAUGAUGUUGUUAAGCUUAGCUCUUAUGCUCUAUUUCGCCCUUAUUGGUAGUUAUUUGUAUUUCAACGCAGUUAUCACAGAUAGUGAAGGUGAGGAAAUCAAACUGUCAGAAGCGAUACAGCAUUUUCUCACUUCGCCUAUAUGGACGGAUCUCAAGGCGAGUCUGGAAGCCACGUGGAACCAGGCGAAACAUCAAGGUUUUUGGGCAACGUGGGCGCAACUGGUGGAUCUUACAGAUCCUCGAGGCGAAAUAAACGCUUACAAGGUUCUAGGCCUCUCGCAAACUGCUUCGCAGAACGAAGUCACAGCGCGAUGGAGAAUUCUGUCCAGGGAUAAUCAUCCCGAUAAAGUUAAAGGAUCGGAGGAAGAAAGACGCAAGGCGCAAGAAAAAUUCAUGGAGAUCCAGCAAGCGUACGAAAUUCUGUCGCAGGCCAAGAAUCGCAGGCAACGUCGAAAUCGCCGUUCUGAUGAAUAAACCGUGCACAAUAUUAAUUCGAAGAUUAGUAAAUGGACCAAAAAAUAUUUCCAAUAUAAUCGUUCUGAAAUACAAUAGAAUAAUUAAUCCAAUCAA